GUAGUACACGCUCCUAGCGCCCAAGCCUGACUCGGGGACGCGCACGCCGUGCGUCCGGGGCACGCUCGGGAUUCUGGCCUUGCGCGGCCAGGGAAAGCCGAACGGUUUGGCCCGCCAUGUUCUUCUCUGCUGCGCUCCGGGCCCGGGCGUCUGGCUUCACCGCCCAGUGGGGAAAACACCUAAGGAAUUUGCAUAAGACAGCUGUGCAAAAUGGAGCUGGAGGAGCCCUAUUUGUGCACAGAGACACUCCUGAGAAUAACCCAGAUACUCCAUUUGAUUUCACACCAGAAAACUAUAAGAGGAUAGAGGCAAUUGUAAAAAAUUAUCCAGAAGGGCAUAAAGCAGCAGCUGUGCUUCCAGUCCUGGAUUUAGCCCAGAGGCAGAAUGGGUGGUUGCCUAUCUCUGCUAUGAACAAGGUUGCAGAAGUUUUACAAGUACCUCCAAUGAGAGUUUAUGAAGUAGCGACUUUUUAUACCAUGUAUAAUCGAAAGCCAGUUGGAAAAUAUCACAUUCAGGUCUGCACUACUACUCCUUGCAUGCUCCGAAACUCCGACAGCAUACUGGAGGCCAUUCAGAAAAAGCUUGGAAUAAAGGUUGGGGAAACUACACCUGACAAACUUUUCACUCUUAUAGAGGUGGAAUGUCUAGGGGCCUGUGUAAAUGCACCAAUGGUUCAAAUUAAUGACAACUACUAUGAGGAUCUGACACCUAAGGAUAUUGAAGAAAUUAUUGAUGAACUGAAAGCUGGCAAAAUUCCAAAACCUGGGCCAAGAGAGAGUUAUAGACAGAAAGAGACAGAGACAAAGGUCUUCCUUCCACUGGCUCAUUCCUCUAAUGGCCGCUACAGCCAGCGCUGCGCUGAUCCGAAGCCAGGGACCGGGUACUUCCUCCCGGUCUCCCAAGCAGGUGCAGGGACCCAAGCACUUAGGCCGUCCUCCACUGUCCUCCCGGGCCACAGCAGAGAGCUGGACUGGAAGAGGAACAACCGGGACAGAAUCUGGGGUGCUGGCGCCGCAGGCGGAGGAUUAGCUAAGUGAGCCACAGCGCCGGCC